CUCUUCUCCUUUUGUCUCUGCAAUUCGUUCUAAGCAAGCCUCUCUCACAAAGCCAAGAGGAAACAACUUUCUUUUAUAUUUUUUGCUCUCAAAUAUAUAUCAGAAGAGCCAUAAAAUUAAAAAAAAUGGUGAAGGAGGAACUGUACAUAACCGUACCGAGUGUUUUCCGGUGUCCAAUCUCACUGGACGUAAUGAAGUCUCCGGUUAGCCUCUGUACGGGCGUUACUUACGACCGUUCCAGCAUCCAGCACUGGCUAGAAUCCGGUCACGACACUUGUCCCGCCACCAUGCAGGUUCUUCCUUCCAAGGAUUUCGUUCCUAACCUCACUCUCCAUCGUCUAAUUAACCUCUGGGUUCAAUCCUCCACCCUCCGGCCAGGCUCUGACUCUCCGCGGCUGCUUCUAGCGACGUCUCCGGUGAUCUCGGAGGUUCAAGCUAAGCUUUUGAUGGAGAAGAUCGAGAGCGAGAGUUGCGUUGAUUCUUUGACUAAGGUUGCCGAAUUCGUAAGCUGUUCUGAGGAGAACGGGAGAUCUAUAGUGAGAUUCGGCGAUUCCAUUGAGAUAAUUGCCAGCGUUUUGAGAAGGAAAUGUGUGGAAAUCAAAGCUUUGGAAAUGGCGGUCAGGAUUUUGGAUUUGAUUUUGAGCGAAAACGGAGUCAAAGAACGGUUAAACAAAUUAAUCCUCGAAAGCAGUCAGGAAAACGAUUUCUUGUCUUCAAUCGUUUUAAUUCUCCAAAACGGAAGCCUCAACCCGAAGACCGAAGCAAUCCGAGUUCUGGACUCCAUCGCACUCGACUCAGAAUCCAAGCGCAGGAUCGCCGAGUCACAAAACCUUAUAUACGUCCUUGUCCAUCUCCUCAAGAGCAACGACAAUGAACCCCUAAACGACGCUGUUGUCUCCUUUUUAACCAACGUUUCAAUAACCCGUUCCAUAAAAUCCCAGCUCAUCCAGAAUGGCGCCGUUGAGAUCCUAUCAAGCUCCCUAACCGAAAAGUCGUUGAAGAUGUUAGCAGUACUUUGCACUUGCCCGGAAGGUAGGUCAGCAAUAAGUUCGGAUCCGAAAUGUGCGGCGGGGAUAGUGGAGAGGUUGUUGAAGGUGUCGAAAACGGCGACGGAGGACGCAGUAUUAGUGUUGUGGAGCGUGUGUUGCUUGAGGAAAGAUGAGAAGGUGAAGGAAGAGGUGGUGAAAGGGAAUGGAGUGACCAAGAUUUUGGUGGUCAUGCAAAGAGAAGGGGAAGGGAAUGUGAGGAUAAUGUGUAGGGAUUUGGUCAAGGCUCUAAGGGCUGGAUGUAAAGAUUGGAGCUUGGGAAGUUACGAAACCAGGACUACCCAUAUUAGGCCUUGUUGAGAAUUUAUUUAUUUUUUUGGACAUAACAUACAGAGGAGAAAGGAAAUCCAGAGAUUUUUGGAUUUGGUUAGGGAUGUAAUUAGUUAGUUUUUACUGUAUUUUUGUUAUAUUGAUUUUUAAAGGAAACACAAUUUGUUUGGCAGGAUGCCAUUCUUGCAAAUGCUUUGAUUCCACUUCUGCCAUAUUUGCUGUUUCUUGGGAAAAUAUGAGAAAUUCGUUGGAAAA